AUGAAUGGUAAGUUAACAAGUGUUAAGUCUGUUCACAAGUUUGUGGCCACGGCAUUGUUUACUAGGAGCUUGGACGUAAAAAGUUUGGGCUGCAUGCUGAAAUAUUUUAGGCGUAUCACCAUCAACGGUGAUCGACUGCGCCCAUCAUCGGACGCAAUAAACAUACCCUGGCUAAGAUAAAGAACGUUUUUGUUUUGUCUACAUACCAAUUAUGCGUCAAACUCUAAAAUGAAUGGAGCUGCGACAACGUAGCAAUUUGGAUUCAAGUAAAGUUCCACGACACCACCAGCAUGCACACGCCCAAGAUGAAGACUUCAUCUUUGAGUCCCCCACAGUGUUGGCUGCGUUAUUCAGGAAGGACUAAAAGCUCAUCAGGGUAGUGUCACCUUUAAGGGGUCAAAGCUCGUCACACAACCAAAUUUGGUCUCUUUUGGGGAGUUUCAAAUGGGUGUCACCGCCCAGAAUAAAACACCAGUCAGUUUUUGGGUUUAAAAGUGACACAGCAGUAAUAGGGAGUUUAAGAUACCAAGACGGCGACGGCCACGAAAACGUCGCUUAAAAAGUGAAUUUGCGUUCUUUCAAUCUCUAUCGCGAUAACUCCAACUCAUUUACUUUGUCAAAAGCAAGCGAAAUCUUUUUGAGCCGAAUUCCUAUAAAGAACCAUAUUCAAGUUAAGAAAGAGAAAGAAAAUUUAGCCGUCGUAAAAUUAGGCAUUUUCCCGUCGUAGUCGUGCAGUGACAGCAAAUAAAUGUACAAAAAAGCGUGGUGCACGUGCAGUUGUUGUUUUGGCGAUUCAAACCUAUUGCUGUUUUGACAUUCUCGCUGUCGUCGCCGUCGUGGCCUGUUUACAUGGAGAUGGGGGAACCCAGGUAGGUGGGGUAACCCGCUAAGGUGAGGUAACCCGCCUGACCGUGUGAUCUUUACUUUGAUCACUUAUACAUGAUAGGUGGGGUGACGCGCCGAGGGUUUCCUCACCUACAUGUAAACAUGCCCUUUAAGUCCAUAAACAUCAGCACCCCACUAGUUAGUGGGGAGGAGCGUUGCGUGACGAGUGACGACCCUAAUAACGGCUGCGAAGGAGACUAGUGUGUGGCCUGACCCUAUUUGAGGAUGAGACAAACAAAAAUUGAUAACCAAUUUCAGUUCCCAACAAGAAAAGUGACACCUUAUUUAAGGGAAAACCCCCGGGGGAGGGGGGGGUACUGCCAUAUAUGGGCUAUAUAGGUAUGUGCCGCUGUGAAGGGUAUGGUUUUCAGGCAGUUUACUCUAGGAUAGGGUAUGUAAAUCAGAGCGUUUGGGUCUAGAAUAGGGUAUCAUUUUUCAGGAAACUGAUCAGUUGGUUGAAGAUUUUAUCUAGACAAGGGAAACAGCUACUCUAGGAUAGGGGGAUUUGGGGAGUUUACUCUAGUAUAGGGUAGCAAAAUUCAGCUGAACUAGCUCUGGUAUAGGUUAAGGGUUCCAGGGUCCCAGCGGCACAUCCCCCCCCAGAAAUUCCUAAAGUACCACCCCCGGGGGAAAAACAAAAACUAAGAAUUCAAAGUCAUCACACAAAACUUCACUAAAUGGCCUUUAGAAUACUCUAAAGGAUAAAACAGAUGAUUUGUUUCUCAUCUAUCUAGGCAUUUACGCACUUGAAUUUUAGCCGAUACAAUUUAGGUACUCUGUCUAAGGAUCACACCAGGAACACAAUGCCAACAAGGGCAAAAUGAUACCCUAUUUAAAGAUCGAGACGCUCAAAACACCAUGGCCUAGCAGAGGCACACACUUACCUGGCCAAUAUAUCAAUCUACCCCCUCCCCCCCUCCCCCGCUUCACCCGCUCAGUAUCAGCAUUAUAAUUUUUUUUCCUUUUCUUUUUCAGACACAGUUACCCCACCUGGUGGCAACACAAUCAUGCCAAAUACCACAGGCCCACCACUCACUGGAUGGGGACCAGACGUCAAGAUAAUCGCCCUGGUUUUGUACAGUAUCACCAUACCUAUAUCACUGGUUGGCAAUAUUCUGGUGAUCUAUAUCUUGUACAAAAAGCCCGAAACCAGACGUUUAACAAGUUUCAUGUAUGUAAACCUCGCUGUGGCCGACCUGCUAGUGACUACCGUAGUAAUGCCGCAGUCCUUGACAGUCAUAUUUACGGACGAAAAAUGGAUAAGUGGACUAAUUGGAGAAUUGCUACUCAAGCUCGUAGUAUUUACGUUUUAUGUUUCGCUUACGGCGUCAAUUUUCUCGUUAAGCGCCAUUGCCUUUGACUGUUUCUUCAGCAUCACAAGACCAAUGCAGAGGUUCCCAAAGUUAAGGAAUAAGAAGGUCUUUGUACCUUGUAUAUGGAUAAGUUCCAUGUGUCUUAUGAGCCCUUGGUUAAUCAUACCUAAAGUGGACGGUUCCUACAUUAACUAUGAAUUUAGUCAACUGGGUGAGCUUCAAGAUGCCGUCAGGGGAAUGUUUCUCUACAUAGUAAUCAGCAUUUAUAUAUUUCCUUUAACUGCUGUGAGUUUUCUCUAUGGAGUUGUCUGCCGCAAACUUAAAACUCACACUUUGCCUGGCGCGUCUGUAAAACAAGACAAGGCGCGUGAUCGAGCAAACAAAACCAAACACCAAGUGAUAAACAUGUCGAUAGCAAUCGUGGUAGCGUUUGGACUUUGCUGGCUUCCCGCGCAUGUCUUUCACACUAUGAUAGCGAUCGAUUUGACGGUGCUUGACAGGUUUCCAGGGUAUAUCAUGUUGAUUUGCUUCUGGUGUGGACACGCGAACAGCGCCGUCAAUCCAUGGAUGUUGAUCUGUUUUAAGAAGCGAUUCCGAGCCGUGUUUCGGAAGAUGAUGGUAAGUCCGUUAUCCCGAAAGUCGUCUUAUACCAAGUCAUCAAACGCGUCUGUAAGGACGUCGAGACAGCAGAAAACUUCAACACAAGAAAAAGAAUUCUACCUAUAUUCAAGUUCUGUGUAA